UUUCAUCAUCUUUGUGGUCCCUUGCUGGACUCUCCCCAGUCUCUCCAUGUUUUUCCUGCACUUGGGAGCCCAGAACUGGGCCCAGUACCCAGGUGUGCCUCACCAGUGCUGAGCAGAGAGGAAGGAUCACCUCCCUACACCCACUGGCAACAAUCCUAAUGAAAUCCAUGACACCAUUCACCUUUGCCCCAAGGACCCAUGAUUGCCUUGUCUUUAACGUGGUUGUUCUUGCUGGUCAGAUAGCCUAUAGCAGGCACCCACUACAACAUCACCUGCACCUGUCUUCUCUUUAAUCUUAACCCAUAAACUCUUCGUUAGCUCUUCAUCUAUCUAGCUCUGUGUGCUCCAGCUCUGCUCCCAUAAAGGGCAGCUCCCCCUCCUCUUCCCACACAGUCCUUAAACAGCCUGCAUCCCUCCAUUGCAGCGCUGCAGUCAUGCAAGCCAUCUCACGGCCUUGCAGCUGCACGCACAUCUCCAGCUCAUCUUUUUAAUUUCCUACCCUCUGUGUGUUACUAUACAGCCUCCUGUCCUCUGCAGCAGGGUGUCACUCACUGCCAUAGCUCACCACUUCUUCCUGGUGCUCUUGCUUUGAUGAGGGUUAGCUGUACCCAUUUCUUUGCUUAUAGGAACAUUGACUCCUCUUCAGCGUUGACCGUGGUGAAUUUAUUUUGGGUGUAAGCCCUUAGAUUGGGCAGGGGCUUUCCUCCUGGUGCCAGAAGUCACCAGCUUCCAUUCUUCUCCUGAGGCUGCACUUACCUCCACUGUGGAGGUGAGCAGUGCCUGCUUCUCUUCUGUGGUGGUGGGCUGAGGCUCUUCCAGCUGUGACCCAGGGAAAAUCCUGUCCGUCUCCCUUUUGUCUCUGAUGGUGCACAGCCUGCUCACUUCUCCUAAAUCUUCCACUUCGUGGCACAGCUCCUUCAGGGCAGGAACCAUCCUCUCUCCUGACUUCAGAGGCUGGCUCCAGGCACUCCCUGCAGCCUGGCACCUAGAGGACUGCACCUCCUAUCCAACACUCUGUCCAUCCUGGUAGGGAUUGCUGCUGCAAUAAUGGUUUGGUGGGAAUGAAAGAGUUGGCAUUUUUCUAACCCAUCCCAGCACUCCUUUGUGUGGCUUGUGUUGGAAAACCAAAUACCUGCUUGUGUGUUUGUUCUGAGAUUGUUCCUGUCCCCUCAAUCUCAGUGCUGCCUCAGGCUGGCCGAGGAGCUGGUGGCUUUGGUGGGGGCUGGAGUGGGGAGGUUCAUGUACUGCUUUCCUUCCCUCAGGCACCUCAAGGAUGUGAUCCUGCUGACAGCAAUGGUCCAGGUUCUGAGCUGCUUCUCACUCUACGUCUGGUACUUCUGGCUCUUGGCUCCGGGCCGUGCUCUCUACCUCCUGUGGGUGAACAUCCUGGGGCCCUGGUUUACAGCUGAAUCUUCAGCCCCCAGUCAGGAGCCAAACGAGAAGAAGCAGCGCCGCCAGGAGCGCCGCCAGAUGAAGCGCUUUUAGCCCUGGCUGAGGAGAUAGGUUAAUGCUGUCUCAUUUCCAUGCUGUUAUCUCAUCAGGGAUGCGACUGAAGCCAAUCAGAAAGCAUCGCAGUAUCUAUGUUGCCCUCUGCCACUGCUGCCAUUCCAAGAUGAAGGCUGCAAGAGACUUCCCUUGGUUGGUUCUUAGUGCCAGUCGAGGCCUUGCUCCUCAUGAUGACAAGGAGGGGGUUAUGCUGGGAUGUGUGUAAAUACCUUUCUAAAGUAGUGCUGUAUCGCAUUCAAAGGUGAGGAUUGCAAUGCUGGAGGAAAUAUAUUAAAGAGCAGAGUCCAAUUGGC